CGCGCAUCAAUUCUUUAACUUCGAUCCUUCACCCCCGAUCCUUCAUCUAAAAUAUUUCAUCAGUCGAGUCAAUUCUUCAUCUUGAUCAUUCAGAUGUUGAGAAUAGGAGGGAGACGACAUGUAACCCUAGGUCCCGACCUUGGAUCUCUUAUCAAGAUGCAGAGUAUCGAGCAGAUGUGAGAAUCUAGCGACGAAGAAGCCAAAACAGACAACAGUGUUUUCAAGGGUCCUUGCCUUUGUUCUGGUGUACCUGGGGAAUCUAGUUCAGAAAAACCACUACCUAAUUCACCAGAUUUUGCAUCUGUGUUCGUGUAACCCCAACUUAAAAGGGCUCCAUCACAUGACAAGGUGAUAUUUCUGAUGACGAUGUUUCUGAUUUUAAGAAGGGGAGUAGGUAAACAUAUGCUUUUUAUGUAAUAUGAACAUGUUAUGAUGUUACUCUAAUGUUGGAUAAUGGAUCACAAUUCUUCAAUUGAUCUUAUCUUUACUGUGAUGGUGAUGUUAUUAUUAUUUUUUCAGUCUAUGGUGUUAAUUGGUUUGUAUAUGGUGAAAGUUUAAUCAUUCUAAUGGUUUCUAUGGGCUAUGGUGCUGUCAUGCCUACCCUGGUAUUACAUCUAGAGUACAUAUGCUUGGAAUACCUUCCUUUAUAACAUCUGGAGGUGCUUGAGAGUUGAGAUAGUAGAAAGUGUUAGUGCAAUAAGUCAUCUCUAAGGUGAUUUGUGUUUUAUGGUUUUUUAACUCAUUUUUGUUUUGGUGAUCUCUGUUUUGUGCAUACAACACUAAGUAGAUUUUUAAACUCAUUUGUGUUUUAUAGUUUUUCCUGAAAUUGUUUGAGAUCAGAUCAGGUUAUGCCAUUCAUGAUAUUGAGUCUUGAUUGUUUCUUACCUGACUGUUCUACAUAGGGCUACUGCUAGUUGAGGAUUCAGUCCACAUCAUGGUGGGCUACUUCUGCUAUACUAGAGCUGGUACCAUGAACAUAUGAACUUGUGCUCAUCUAUAUCAAUUAACGGCAAGAGUCUGAAGCUAUAGGAUCUAUAUGAAUUGCUGCUGCAAUCUGAAGCAAUAUGAAUUAGAGCAAUAGGACCUGCUGCUGCAACCUGAAGCUAUAUUAAUUAGCUACUGCAAUUUGAAGCUGUACCAAUGCUGCAAUAUGAGGCUAUAUGAAUUGUGCUCAUCUACUGCUAGUUUUGAGAAGCUAUUUUUCCAAGGACAGUUUUUUUACUUGAGCUUUUAUGGUUUAGGUAGUUUUAUUUCUUUUUCAGGCCUUGAUGUUGGGAUAAAGGCUACCCACUCACCUUGUACAAUAAAAUGGCACUUAUGGUUCCCACCAAAGAUCACUUCCCUGCGCAGUAUUCGGUUUGUGGAGAACUAGAAGAUGCAGUGGCCAUAGUUAGGAGCAAAUUGAGUGUAGAGAAUAUGGUGAACUUUCGAAAAAUGCCAUUCGGUCAUUUCAUGGAUGUGCGGAAGCUCCAAUUUUCUGGACAACUCAUCCAUAUCCUUAUGCUACAUCUCGUUCGCGAACAACCUGAAGACGAGAUGUGGUUUAUGAUCAAUGGUACUAUUAACAAGUUCAGUUUUGAAGAUUUUUGUCAAAUCACAAGUUUGCCGAAUUCCAAGUCUUAUCCAAAUUUUAGCAAUGUGAAGGCUUCGUCCCAGACCAUUCCCAAAAAGUAUCUCGGAGGGGGCACGGUGAAAUGCACGUUCGCGCACUUGCGGAAUAUGUUUAUGACUGCGGAGGAAGAUGAACCCGGCAGUGAUUUACAUAAGCUUGCCUCGUUGUAUUUUGUUGAGCAUGUGCUGCUAGCGAAAGAUAGAGGCACAUGCAUUGAUGCCUCCCACCUUGAAGUAGUUGAUGACACUGACGUGUUCAUUGCAUACCCUUGGGCUUGGGAGUCAUACCUCUUGACCGUGCGGCAUCUGAAGGGAAUGAUGGAUGGCCAACCAGAAAAAUUCCAAGAAAAGAAAAAUAACAACUCCAAUUUGAAGUCUUGGAAAUAUGCUUUGUAUGGGUUUCCACUUGUUCUCCAAAUUUUGGCUUAUGAGACGUUUCCAGUCCUUGAAGACGAGGUUGCUAAGUGUAAUCGAGAGAUAAAAUGUCCACUGUUACGUUGGGGAGCUAAGAAAUGCCCACAAUACCACUCUCUAAAGCAGUUGUUAUUCCCUAAUGAACCUGAAGAAGUCGCAAAUAAGAUGGAAAACACACUUGAUUUGUUGUUUAGAAGUGUUGAAGAUUUAAAGAACACUCCAAACAAAAGGAUUGAUGCAUUGGAGGAUAAAAUUGAUGGUUUGUGUUGUGACGUGAAUGAUGUGUUCACGAUUGUAGGAAGGAAAAGGUAGGGGGCGGUAGACCAUGUGACGAGGGUUGAACGAAUGAUAAGGAAGGAGAUUGGAGAGGAAGUAGUGAGCGUUCAAGGGAGAAAAAGGAAGAGGAUGGGGGCUGACUAUCGA